AUGCGGCUCAAGUUGUACUUGGAGCAGAGGGAUUCGUGGGGAGUGGUGACUGGUGAGGAACGCCGUCAUGAGACGGACCCACUGUUGCAGCCCAUGGAGACAAUCAUACGUGGUGUGAAGGGUGCAGAUGCGCAGAAAGUGUGCAACUUCGACACAGCGAAGGAGAUGUGGGAGACGCUGACCGCUGAGAAGACGCAGCGAGAUUUCUCGUAUGCGGUGCACCUCAAGCGCGAGCUGUACACGCAUUCCUACACACCGGGGAAGAAGAUGGCGGACUACAUUCAAGAGAUGAACUCGCUUCGUCAGCGACUGCAGCACAUGGGGCCUGGCUUUGAGAUCCAUGAUAAUGAGAUGUCUCAGCUGCUGCUGAUGGGAAACGCGUUGCUUUCUCGUGAUGAAAUGGAGAAGAUGGCUACAGACUCAGCUGCAAAUAGUGGAGCACCGAGUUGCCCACCUCCUGGACCUGGACCAGGGCCGUAUGGACCUGUGCAGACCACUGGAGCUGGCAAUCGUCGUGCCAUUCGCUGCUAUCACAGCCGCAAGCUGGGUCAUAUGCGGAAGGAUUGCUGGCACUACAAAAACAAGCAGUCAAAGGCCCAGCAAGUGAAGAGCAACACGCAUGGUAAGGAGAAGAAGAAAAAGAAGGACAAGGGCGGAAACGGAGACGGUGGUGGACCCAAGCAGAGUAGUGCACCGACUACUGGUGCAAUGGGCUACAUGCGGUUUGUGGCUAGAGUAGACCGGGACGAGCAGAGCAGUAGCAGCAGUAGUUCGGAGAGUGAAUCUUUCGUCGGCAUGGCGAUGAAGGAAGGUCGGCUCGGUACGAGUGGUGACUGGAUGCUGGACUCGGGCACCACGUCGCAUGUUUGCAUUGAGCGCGAGCUGUUCACGCGAUUGAAGAAGUCCAAGGCAACAUUCAAGGUGUGGGAUGGUGGCAUUACACACGGAAGUUUGUGCGGGUCUGUGGUGGUUACUGCUGUGGACGUGCUGAGCCAGAGCGAGUUGACACUAAUGCUCGAUAACGUGGAGUUUUCCCCUUCACUGGUCCAGUGA